GUUUUAUUCAGGAGUUGUCUAGAAUUUUCAAAAACUGAAAAUAUUACAAUAAUCACUAAUGUAAUACUUAAUCCUGAUUCUUUAAAAGCUAAUUUUUUGCUUGAGGUUAAAGGUUCAGCAAAUACCAAUGAUGAUAUUGCUGAUA